AUCUCUAACCGGAAGCUGACCCGUGUGGGCGUGGCAGUGGCAGGAUGUAUGAGCCUACUAGUGGUCUACCUAGCAUACCACGACUUCCUGGCCAGGCCCAAUGGGUCAGAGUUCGAACCCCGUCGCCUGGAGGGUCGGCCGGACUACAUUGUGCACCAGGCCGCCCCGCGCAUACAGGCCGACGCCCCGCCACACACUCACUACGGACACAUCGAUGUACACACACCCGCUCUGCUGGGCGACCGGCGAGAGGGGCGACCUCUAGAGAGGAAGCCAGACGUCUUCUCUAGCUCUCCCGGCCCGCCGGCUCCUCAGUGGAGGGAGCCAGUGGAGAAGGAGGAGGGGGAAGAGGAGGAGGAGGAAGAGGAUGAUCCGUGGCCUGAUGAGGAUGAGGACUGGAAGACAGAGGAUGAAGAUGAAGACACAGACGUGGGGGAGGAGGAUGACCACACAGAUGUGCCUGAGGAAGAGGAGGGAGAAGAUGAUGAAGAGGGAGAAGAUAAUGAGGAGGGGGAGACUGAAGCCGGUGACAGCUGGCCGGAUAUGGCGGCUUUCGCGGACAGAGAGAUGGCCGGUCCUGUGGCGGAGGUAGAGAAAGGUCCCUCGCUGAAACAUGUAGGUCACGGCUCUAUGGCGGGGCGUGGGUCUGAGGUCACCACGUCACUCCCACGUCUAGGCAAGCCCAAAGAUGUAGGUCACGCCUCUGUGGCGGGACACAUUCCUGAGAUGGCCCCGCCAGUCCCUCGCCUUGGCAAGCCGAAAGAUGUCCCAAACGUGGCGGUGCCGCAGCAGAAGAACAAAGUGUCCUCUCCGCGGGCGGGAAACAGCAAGACUCCAGCCGUCAAGUCAGAGGUCAAGUCCACUGUCAAACCCCGAGCCAACAGCACGGCGGGGUCAAAGACUGUCGGGAAAGUGUCCCCAGCCAAAACCUCCGAGGUGAAGAAACCACCACCACCAUUACCACAACAACAACAACAGCAGCAACAGAAGCCCAAAGCAAUACCCGUCAAGCCGGAAGGUCUGCUGCCGCCACGCCUCAACAAGACGUCUGCUCACGCGAGUGCGGACAGGAAGUAUCUGGUCUACGUGUGCGAUGACAUCAGCUGGUGCGGGGGCUGGGGCGACCGGCAGCGGGGGAUGGUGGGGAUGUACCUCCUGGCGCGUCUGGUGGACCGGGAGCUGAGGAUUGUGAUGAGCACACCGUGCAGCAUCUCGCAGUUCUACCGACCGCACCUCGUCAACUGGAUCCCCCAGGGCGACGAACUCAAGUCCAGCUCCCACCUCGCCAUCAACACAUUCACGGUUCAGAACUUCAAACUAGAACUCGUGGACGGAGAUUUCAAUAAAAAAUUCCCCCAGAAAGUUUUGUACUUAAAAAGUAAUCAAGAUUUCUACACCAGAUUAAGAAAGAACAAACUUUACGCCGGGAAGUUGAAACGCUGGUCUGGCCUGACCUCCAAGAAAGGUCGCUUCCGGUGGGCGUGGAGUGAGUUGAUGCAGCCGACCCCGCCUCUCUUACGAAGGCUGGAGAGAGUUCUGGGCUCUGAGAUCCUCAUCCGUCAAGGGAUCCUGUCCCAUUCUCUGCUCAACGCUACGGAGCGCGCUCACCCCGCUCCCUCCCAGGUGGGCAAUGCCAGCCUCAUCUGUGCUCACGUGCGCGUGGGGAAGAACCCGACUAUCCCCAUGGACGAAGACUUCGACACGUUCAGUCUGGACGACCUUCCCACUCUGAGGAACUUCCUGCAGUCCAAGGACGUACGGGGAGACGCUCGAUUCUUCGUAGCCACAGACUACGACUUUGUACGACAGCAGUUCCAAACGUUUUUCGGCACCAAAUUGGUGGAAUAUGGCGGGAAAAUCAUGCACAUUGACCGCCAGCGAAAUCAGGCUGACGCGUGCGGGGGUUUUGAAGUUGCUCUGCUGGACCAGCUGAUUCUGAGUAUGUGCGACGUCCUUGUGGUCAGCCGCAGCGGGUUCAGCAUCCACGCUUCACACGUCAGCAACAGCACCAGCCCUGUCUACGUGCUGGAGGGAGGGAAUAUCUCCAGGCUGGUGCCCUGAGGUGGAGAGGGAGGGGGGAGAGGGGAGGAGGAGAUAAGGGGUAAGAUCUCUAACCUGGGGUAUUGUGAGUUUUGGAACCGUCCAGGGUCAUCUCACGUGUUUGGUCUUCAGUCACCACACCUCUCCUCCUCUCCCCCACCCUCUAAACAAAAUCAAAGUUACCAUAUACAGGUUAGAGAACGCUGCUCGACGAAAGGCAAGGUUUAAAGGGCCUGCCACAAAGACACCUGCUGUCUUCUUGCUGAAUCAGAAAUGAGCGAAGAGAGACAAGGUCUCUAGGGACGAAUGUACUUGCCGUAUCGAAUCAGAAGAAACCAGAGUUAUGUGAAGUUGGACCAAAGUAAGUGUUAGAGUUAAAAACCUAUAGAGCAAUCUCUCUGUUAAUUUCUGUUAACGAAGUGGGAAAACUGUUGGUAAAUGUGAUGGAAAAAAAAUUGAGCACAAACCCCUAGGUAAAUGAAGUGGAAAAAACUUCGGAAAAUUAGCGAUCUUAAAUUAAGAUGGAAAAUUCGAAGAGAAAUCCCUUGGAAAA